AUGCAUAUCACUCGAAGUAUUCUCUCCUUCUGCCUUGUGGGCUCGACGCUCGCCUCGUACAAGGCGAGAUCAUCCGCCCCCUCCAACCCGGAUCAGCUCGCUCCUCCUGCGUCUGACAAGUACAUCGAUGCCAACUACGAUGCAGCCGUGAAAGAACUCGAGUCCCGACCAGGCGUCAAAGUGCUGAAGAAGCUCCGGUCAUCUGUUUUCUCGGGCAUAUCUGUUAAAGCUCUGCAUCACAGUACCGAGUCUCUCCAGGCAAUUCCUCAGGUUGCACAAGCAUGGCGCUCACACAGCAUCAAGCUUCUGCCCAACAUCGAGAUGUCCACCUUCAGUGACGGUGCCGAGACGUCUAACUACUCUGUUCACGCCAUGACCGGUGUCGACAAGGUACACGCCUCAGGAAUCUUUGGCAAAGGUGUCAAAGUUGCGAUCGUGGACACAGGAAUAGACUAUAGCCAUCCCGCGCUGGGAGGCGGCUUCGGACCAGGAUAUAAGGUUGCUGGAGGAUAUGACUUUGUCGGAGAUGGCGCAUGGCCCGAUGAAGUUAAAACACCUGACCAGGACCCAAUGGACCAGAUUGGACACGGAACCCACGUGGCUGGUAUCGUUGCUGGGAAAAGCGAUUGGUACACCGGAGUGGCUCCAGAAGCUACAAUUCUUGCGUACAAGGUCUUUACUGAGGCUGACUACACGGAUGAUGAAACCUUGAUUGAGGCGUUCACGAAGGCUUAUGAAGACGGCGCCGACGUCAUCACCGCCAGCAUUGGUGAGGAUGAUGGCUGGAGCACCGGACCUUGGGCAACAGUUGCUUCUCGCCUUGUGGACGAGGGAGUUGUAGUCACAAUUGCCGCAGGAAAUUCUGGCGAAGAGGGUCCGUUUCGCGCGAGCAGCGGCUCGUCUGGAGAGAACGUGUUGGCCGUUGCGUCUGUCGACCCAUCCACUAUUAUCGCUAUUCCCAUCAUCGCCAACUUCGUUGACAGCCAGGGGUCAGAAGCAAAGGAAAUUGCUUACCGUCCUGGGCCUCUCUUGUUUCCCACAACGAUGAACAACGUCUCUGUCUAUCCUACGAGUCUUGACCCUACUGUGGAAGACGAUGCAUGCUCUCCCCUCCCUGCCGAUACACCCGACCUAUCCGACAAAGUUGUCCUCGUUCGCAUUUCGACGCAAUGCUGGGACUAUGAACAGGUAGCGAAUAUUAUACCCUAUAACCCUCUCGGGGUCGUGUUCUAUCAUAACGAGGAAAAGGAUUUCAGCGACCCCUGGGCCUGGGAUCCCAUGUUUCUGGGUGUCAUUACAGCGGAAGCCGGCGCCGCAAUGAUAAAGACAAUUGCAGCCGGAGGUAGCGUUACACUAGACUUCUCAGAGAUUGACGGCUACGUCAACAUGCCAUUCAGUGGUGGCGGUAUGGGUAGCUUCUUCACUUCGUGGGGUGCAACAUGGGACCUGCAGCUCAAGCCGGAUGUUGCCGCGCCUGGAGCUCUCAUUACGAGCACGUACCCGACAUGGAUGGGCUCCUAUGCAACUAUGAGUGGCACAUCAAUGGCAACACCUUACGUGGCGGGUGUGGCGGCCUUGUAUAUCAGCCAGCAUGGCGGCCGCUCAGUCCAUGGGAAGCGCUUCGCUAAGAUGCUGCACGCACGUAUCACCGCCAGUGGUUCCUCGAUGCCAUGGCCGGGUAACGUGGCUGAUGGCGGCAAGCAUCUCGCAAGUCCGACACAGGUCGGAACGGGUCUCAUCGACGCACGUAAGGUCCUUAACUACACGACACAGCUGUCUCUAGCACGAUUUCAACUCAACGACACGCAUCAAUUUUCGCGGUACCAGAACGUUGACAUCACAAACAACGGAAACGAAGAGGUAGUCUACACUUUCUCCCUAGAAGACGCUGGUGGAUAUGAUGCAUUUGAGACCGACUCAACCAUUGCGCCUUGGGCGCCCGUCAUGAAUGACCUUAGGGGCGUUCGGAUGUACAAGCUUAAGCCUGCAGUGAGGUUCCCAGCAGGCACCUUCCGGGUCAAGCCGGGACAGACUAAGAAGGCAGAAUUCAUCUUCACAAUGCCGGACUUGCCUGCGGGUCGUAAAGGGGCAGACAUGCCCAUAGUUAGCGGCAAGAUUAUCAUUACCGGCAGCAACGGAGAGCAAGUCUCUGUGCCAUACUUUGGUGUUGUCGGGGAUAUCAAGCGAGAGCUGCGCAAGAGCAAAAUGUACUGGACAGGGAUCGGAUGGCCUCGUGUGACCACGAAUAGUGGACCCGGUCCGAUCUUAGAUGUUUGGCAGAAGCCAUACUGGGGCUUUGAUAUGACUACUGAUAGUCAGGACUAUCCCAUGCUCCAAACCGCUUUGGUCUACGGCGCUCGAGAAAUACGAUGGGAUCGGACGUGGUUUGAUCCAGCCACUGAGGACGUCAACGAUGUCAUUGCCAUGCCUGAUGAGUAUCUCAACCGCCAGUUCCUACAUGUGUACAUGUGGUUUGGCAAGUUAGCAAACGGCACGCAGAUUGCCCCUGGCAAUUACACCAUGCGAAUUGCGACUCUACUGCCAUUUGGCAACCGCUAUGCAUCGGACAACUGGGACGUCGCAGAUAUGCCAGAGGUCAUGAUUCUGCCUCCCAAAGAGACGUAG